AUGGCGGUAGAUUAUAGAAGAUAUCUGGCUGAAAAUGUGCUUAAUGAGCGCCGUGUGGUUACGUAUCGACUCCUCAGUCGAGCUUUGAAAGUCCACAGCGAUCUCGCAAAGCAGAUGUUGUUUGACUUUCAUAAAACAGAAAAUGGAAAGAAGCCCAACAGUAUAUCCGCGUCUUAUCUGAUCAGUGGGGUUCAAGCGACGCAGAAAUUCCCAGCUGCAAAUGGAGGGACCAAGGAUGGAGAAGAUACAGUCAUGAGAAGUAGCCCGUAUAUGAGCUCCAUGCCUCAGCCAGAGGAGAAAGAAGCUUCUACGCGCACUAAAGUUUUUGUUUUAGCGAGAGAAGAAGAUUUAGAUGAUGCCAAAGCUACAUUUGAGUCUAUUUCAAUGAUACACGUUUACAGCCUGCAGUCGGACGACCUUCCGGAUCUGAACGCCCUGGUUGACGUUAACCGGGAGAUUCUCACAUCAUUCGGCAGUGAGGAUCCUCUAGAGCUAGGCAAGCAAUGGGGCAUGAUUCAGAAUCAGAACGUCAAACGGAGAAAGUUAGGCAAGCCGCCUGUACCUGUAGUCGUGCCAGCUCCUCCCAAGGCUGAAGCAGCUAAGAAGGAUGUCCCAAAGAAAGAAGUUGCGCAGCCUAAAGCUGAGCCUGAAGAUUUGUCAAGAGAGUCGUCACAGCAAAAGACACAGACCAAAACAACGGAAAAGGCACCCGCCCGUAGGAAGGGUGAUCUCUUCUCUUCUUUUGCAAACGCCAAGCCGAAAUUGAAAAAGGAGGACUCGGCUGCUUCCAGCGUAAAAUCGGUAAAUACUCUUGAAGAUAAUCAACUUACAUUGGCUGCCGCUAAUAUCCACUCUCAGACAAUCGAGAGUGUCCCACAGAAAAGCAUGUUCGAUGAUGACGACGACGCCGAAGACGCAGAAGCAGAGGACCCAUUCUCAGACAGCAAAGAGAGCAAAGCCAUGUCGAAUCGAGAAUCGCGAAAAGAGCGUGAAGCGAAAUUAAAGCAAAUGAUGGAGGAUGACGAUGAUGAAGACAUGCCUGAUGCCACCGAAACGUUCGUCGAAUCUGCAGCCGAAAGUUCUCAGCAGACAGAGGCGCAGAAGGAGCCGGGGUCGGAGCCGGAUCCCAAGGAAACAGUGACCGUCCAAGGCGGGCGACGCAGAGGCAAGAGGAAGAUCAUGAAGAAGAAGACGGUCAAGGAUGACGAGGGAUAUCUUGUCACGGUCGAGGAGCCAGCGUGGGAGUCUUUCUCGGAAGAUGAACCAGCGCCACCGCCAAAGAAGAAACCUGCGGUUAGUGCAGCGGGGAAGAAGGCGGGACAGGGGAAUAUCAUGUCGUUCUUUUCCAAGAAAUGA